AUGCCAGAAUUAACAUUUAUAUUCGGUCCUAACAAUACCUUCUUCUUCGACUCCCCCAAAUCAUGGAAGUUUCACAACAUUCCACCCACCCUCCGUCAGCUUUUUAAUGCGUCAAUGAAUCCGGGAUGGCGGGUGCAGCAGCCAUAUUGCGUUGCGCUCGCCCCGCAGAGCGGAAACCAUGAGUCUAUCUGGUACAUCGGGUGCCGGGUGUGCGAUGGGACUGACAAGCUGUUCUACACCCAGAACCACUUCGACUACACCUACCCAGACCUCGCGCGGUGGGUCAGGACGAUUCCGAACGCCCCCGCGGCUGUGUACAUCACCUUCGGGCCCAAGACGAGCUACUUCGCCUGUGCCCCAGGGCUUGGGUCGAUAUGGAGUGGCAUUGCGACCGAUCUGAGGGACAAGGUGCAUAAAGCGUUUGACACGCCGUGUCAGGUUGCGCUAGGGGUGAAGGACGCCUGGUUCGUCAUGUGGCCGGACGGCUACUUUGCGUGGAAGUUUUAUGGCGGCUAUGGCAAUUUGGACAAGAUCCUUGAUGCUGCGGAGCCGCGAACUGUUGCUUACCUCGCCCUCUCUCCCUACUCCAAAGACCAAUACUUUGUCGCCUUCAAAGACCGUACUGUCAAGUACUCCCUCUCCCCAGAAUGGAUGCCGCAAAUGCAAGAAGUGUUUCUGGAAUGGCAAACCGAAAUCAUGCGCGCUUCUGGCAUGACCCCGUACCAGCAACAACCGCAAAACUACCCGCCUGGUCAAUACCCACCAGGCCAAUACCCACCGCACCAUACGCCUCAAAUGGCCCACACACAGACCAUCUACGAAGCUCCACCAGGCCUGCCACGUCAGGGGUACCCGCCUACACCCCAGCAGUCACCGGGAUACUACCCAGCUACACCGCAGUCACCAGCGUCGCCAUACCAGUAUCCUUAUGGCCCGCAGACGCCGCAGACGCCAUAUGCCACUCCUUAUCAGCAGUCCACCCAGAUGAUGAACGGGCAGAUGGUCGCACCUCAACCGGGGUUGGCACCCCAGACAUCACGUGACACUAAGGACACCAUGAGCAUCAGAAGUGGACGAAGCGGCCGCUCGUCCAUCAGCUCAUCCCUAGGGUUCAAACGAGCAUCGAUAUCCUUGAGCAGCAGCAAGAGCGCUGUGAAUGUCGGGAGCCAGACCUGCGUGGUGAUGUAG